AUGAAACCUAUGUAUAGCGUAAUUAAUAUUCUACUAAUAUUUCAAAUAAAUAUUUUUGUAUCAGUUUAUCGCAUUAAUUGUUUUAAAAAUUUUAAUGGUAGAAGUAAAAUUUCUGAACAAUUUGGUUUUUGUAAAAGUAGUAUAUCGCAAUCUUCAACUAACUCUUUUCACUCUCAUCCGUACCGUGAUAGUCGCCUAUAUUUAGAUUUUCAUAACUUUAGCGACAAUGCAAUUAAGGUUUUAAUGUUAUCUCUAGAGGAAGCCAGACAAUCUAAGCAUCCAAACGUGGAAUCGUCACACAUAUUUCAAGGGUUGGUGUGCUUGAGCCAGGGGCUCGCCUUCAAGGUAUUGAAAGAAUUUGGAGUUACCGCCAAUUCAGCCAGGGAAGCCACAAUGUCCACAUUCCCAAUCGAUGAGUCGAAGAGGCAGAGAGGGAUUCCCACGUUUUCUCCCUCGGCAAAGACUGCAUUAGAGCAUUCAUCUUCGGAGGCUGAAAGGCUGGGAAACUCGACAAUAGAGACUGAGCAUUUGCUUUUGGGAGUGUUGAACGACAAAAGUGGAGAGAUGGCGACCUUCUACAAGCAUUUGAAACUUGAUGUGCCGCUGGUAAUUGAUACCACGAUUCGCACGAUCAAUAAAAUAAAGGAGUUGAACGAGGCCAGUGUGCUCAACAAUUCCGCAGAUGAGCACACCCCAAAUUAUGUGUAUCUGUCACCGUCGCUAAAGCAUGAUGAGUCGUCCAACACCUGUCUUUCUCAGUUCACCAUUGACCUGACUGAGAAGGCCAAGAAGGGGUUGUUGCCCAAAGUGAUUCACAGGGACAACGAAAUAGAUAGAGCAAUCAUAACACUAUCCAGGAAGACAAAGAGUAAUCCGCUACUGGUGGGUGAGCCAGGAGUAGGAAAGACGGCAAUAGUUGAGGGAAUCGCAAACAGAAUAUCGCAAGGAUUCACACUGCCGCACAUGGCAGAGAAGAGAAUCGUACAGCUGCAGUUUGGAUUGCUGAUAGCUGGAACCAAGUUCAGGGGCCAGUUUGAAGAAAGGCUGACAAAGCUGAUUGAUGAAAUAAUAACAGCAGGGAACAUCAUAUUGGUAAUUGACGAGGCGCACAUGCUCAUAGGGGCCGGAGCAGGAGACGGGUCGAUUGACGCAGCGAAUUUGCUUAAGCCAGCCCUUUCUCGAGGAGAAAUACAGUGCAUAGCAAUUACAACGCCGAAAGAAUACAAAAAGCACUUUGAAAAGGAUAUGGCGCUGUCUAGAAGGUUUCAUACAAUCUAUGUUGAUGAGCCUAGUGACUCGGACACACUAAAGAUUCUGAAUGGAAUAAGUUCGACCUAUGGCGAGUUCCACAAUGUAGAAUACACGCCAGAGGCAAUAAACCUAGCGAGUAAGUUGGAGAGAAUGCAGAGGAUUGAAAAACAAUUUAGUGAAAUAUUCGAAGCAAAGAGGGAGGAAGAGACUAAGGAAGAUGAAGAGUCAAGUCGAACCUACCUGGAGGUUAAUAGUGAAGGAGACGCGCCUGAAUCUAAGGACCCGGGGAAUAAAAGACUCAUUUUGGGGCAGGUGAAGCCGGAGCACGUAGCAGAGGUGAUGUCAAUCUGGACUGGAAUACCGCUGAAGAAGCUGAGCAGGGGAGAAAUGGAAAUCAUACGCCACAUGGAGGACGAUAUACAUAAAAUGGUUAUAGGGCAGGACGAGGCAGUUAAGAACGUGUGCAAGGCGAUACGAAGGGCAAAAACUAACAUAAAGAACCCUCACAGGCCAAUAGGAAGCUUCCUGUUCUGUGGGCCCCCAGGGGUAGGCAAGUCGGAAGUCGCAAGGUCCCUGACAAAGUACCUCUUCGCAAAGGAAAACCUCAUCAGAAUCGACAUGUCGGAGUACAAGGAGCCUCACAGCAUUAGCAGGAUCCUGGGGAGUCCGCCGGGCUACAAGGGCCACGACACGGGCGGCCAGCUGACGGAGAAGGUGAAAAACAACCCGUACUCAGUCGUGAUGUUCGACGAGAUCGAAAAGGCGCACCACGACGUGCUGAACAUCCUGCUGCAGAUUCUCGAGGACGGGAAGCUGACGGACGCGAAGAACCAGACGGUGUCCUUCAAGAAUACCAUAAUCAUCAUGACCAGCAACACGGGCUCGAACGUGAUUCAGCGCUCCUCGAAAGGAGUGCACACGUUCGGAUUCACGGUUGAGAAGAACGACUCCUCGGACUACCUGAAGAUAAAGGCCCUGGUGAUGGAGGAGCUGAAGUCGCACUUUCUGCCGGAGCUCAUAAACAGGAUAGACGACGUCAUACUCUUUAAGCCGCUUUCGGACGAGGAGAUGAGGGAGAUCGCAAAACUGAUGCUAAACGAGUUGACGUCGAGGGCCAACGCGGCCGGCAUCCUCAUCGAGAUCGACAACACCUUCACGGAGCACAUCCUGAAGCUGCCGAGGGACGACAAGUGCGGAGCCAGGCCCCUGAGGCGAAUAAUCACGUCGGUGCUGGAAGACAAGUUGGCGGACCUUGUGAUAUCGGAGAACUUCGACAGCAAGACCACGUACGUCGUGUCGGUCAACAAGGAAGGCGAGGUUAAGAUUCAUCCCAAGGAGGAAUUCGAGUCCUAUGCCAGCUUGGGCGCCCAGACCAUAGACUUUGACGCCCCCGGCGAUAUAGAUCACAUUCCUGGCGAUGAGAACCCCGACAGUUAA